AUGUGCCAAUUUUGUCCGCUGCAAACGUAUGACACCAGACGACUCAUCGAGUUUGGCAGCCAUUUUGAGAGCCUAGCGCAGGCAGGAGUAGUUGAAGUUGAAACAGAAGGAUUCAUCUUCCGGAAACAUGAUACCCGCAAACUAAGGGAUCAUCAGCUCCGCUGUUUUCUGUACAUACAGAUAAUGGCAACGCCAGUGCCUCCACGGCACACUAUCGUCGAAGUUUGCGUCAGUGUUGCAGAACACAUGGAGGUGGCUAAAGAACAAUCUACAGAGACGCAACACGACCCACAGUGCAACAAUCUUCCAGCAGAUCUUGUCGGCCGGUUGGGUAGUGCCUCCAAACACAAUGGGACUGCAUUUAGCUAUAAUCUGCGGAAGAAAUAA